CAGGUUGCACCGGAUAACUCUCCUGCCAUUGCAUUAUUUAUGUCACUGUUGCUCGAAUCAACAGACCUUUCUUCUUCGUCAGCUGAGAGAGAGAGAGGGACAGAGAGAGAGAGAGAGAGAGAGAGAGAUGGCGCAGGUGGCGAGAGAGAGUGAGAGGGUGGAGGCGGGGGGGAGGAGAGAGAGGGAGAUGGGGAUGGUGGAGGUGGUGGGGCGGGCGGUGGUGGAGGGACAGUCGACGACGGAGAGUCCGAGGAGUCCGGAGGCGAAAUUGGGGAUGAAGGUGGAGGAUCUGUGGGACGUGCAGGAACCUCAGCUCACUCCCACCGAGAAGCUCAACGCCUGCUUCGAGAGCAUCCCCGUCUCUUCCUUCCCCCUUGCUCCUUCUUCCCAAGUAAUCGAGAUAAGCUCGGAUGCCAGUCUGGCAGAAGCUGUUCAGAUAUUGUCCCAACACAAAAUUCUUAGUGCACCUGUUGUGGAUGUUUCUGCACCUGCUGAUGCCACUUGGAUGGACAGAUACCUUGGCAUUGUGGAGUUCGCAGGCAUUGUCGUAUGGAUUCUGCAUCAGUCUGAAGGUGCAUCACCCAGGAAGAAUGGUGAAUCAACUGGCCGAGAAUUGUUUACAGGUGGAUCAACGACAAUUGCUGGAACUGCUGUUGCUGCAGCAGCUAACGGUGUGACUUCUGCGAAUGGACUUGGGAAUUUAGGCCCCGAGUCUGCUGCAACAACUUCUGGAAACUUUUUUGAGGCUCUGACAACUUCUGAAUUUUACAAGAGUACUAAGGUUCGAGAUAUAUCAGGGUCAUUUCGCUGGGCUCCGUUUCUGGCUUUACAGACAUCCAACUCCUUUCUGACAAUGCUCUUGCUGCUUUCAAAGUACAAAAUGAAGAGUGUUCCUGUGGUUGAUCUUGGUGAAGGGAAGAUUGAUAACAUCAUCACACAGGCUGCUGUUAUACACAUGCUAGCAGAAUGCGCUGGGCUUCACUGGUUUGAAAGCUGGGGCACCAAGAAGCUCUCUGAACUCCGUCUUCCUUCAAUGAAGAGUAGUCAAAUGAUACAGGUGUAUGAGGAUGAACCUGUCCUGCAGGCAUUUAAACUGAUGAGGAAAAAGAGGGUUGGAGGGAUUCCUGUGAUUCAAAGUGGUGGGAGAAAGGCAGUGGGUAAUAUUAGCAUCAGAGACGUUCAUUUCCUCCUGACUGCGCCAGAGAUAUACAAAGAUUUUAGAUCCAUCACGGCAAAAAACUUCCUGACAGCAGUUAGAAGCUACUUGGAGCAGCACCAAGAGGCAUCUCCGAUGUUGAGUGGCAUGAUCACAUGCACCCGAGAUCACACAAUGAAAGAACUGAUUUUAAAGCUUGACUCGGUGAAGAUCCAUAGAGUAUAUGUCGUGGAUGGUGACGGGAAUCUGGAAGGGGUGAUCACGCUUAGAGACAUAAUUUCGAAGCUAGUUCAUGAGCCCCCAGGCUACUUUGGGGACUUCUUCGAUGGUGUUUUGCCUCUGCCUCAGAACAGCAGGGUGUAAGAGGAAAAGAAGUCUUGUCUGCUCUGGUUGGAUAGGGUGAUUGUAACAUGGGCAAGUUUCUUGUAAGUAGUUUGAGUUUGACGAGGUUUAAUAAUCUGUAUAUUUGGUUCUUACCCCUGAACUGAGUUUUUCUAUUUUUUGCCCCAAAGCUUGUGCUUUGGAACUAACAGUUGGGAUCAAUUCCUCGUCCUUAACAUGAAUGUGAGUUUGCUGUAAGAAAGGUGGAUGUCUACAUUUGAAGUUGCA